AUGUCAUUCCAAUCUAUCCCCAUCCUUGACCUCUCCCUGGCGAGAAACCCGGAGACGAAGCCGGAGUUUCUCAAGGAGCUCCGGCACGCGCUCAUGGAGGUGGGCUUCCUCUACCUCAAGAACAUCGGGAUACCAGAUGAUCUUUGGCAGAGCGUGAUUCGCCUGGGCAAGGAAUUCUUCGAUAUCCCCGAGGAGGAAAAACUGAGAAUCGAGAUGAAGAACGCCCCUUCUUUCCUCGGCUACUCCCGCCUCUCCGCCGAAAUCACCGCCGGCGCCAUCGACCACCGCGAACAAAUUGAUCUCUCCACGGAGCACCCAACCCCCGCCCCCGGCUCACCCCUGCAUUACAACCUCCUCGCGCCGAACCAGUGGCCUGCGGAAGAGGCGCUCCCAGGAUUCCGCGCGGCGUUUACGGAUUACAUGAACCGCAUGGGCAAGAUCUCCAUCGAGUUCACGUCGCUGAUCGCCGAGGCGAUCGAGCUGCCCGCCGACGCCUUCAGCAAGUACUUCGACGAGAACCAGCAGCACAAGCUCAAGAUCGUCAAAUAUCCCGAUCUCCAGGAACUCGGGCUCGAAGGAGAGGGCCAAGGCGUGGGCCCGCACAAGGACAGCAUGCUAUCCAGCUACUUACUCCAAGUGACGAACCACCGCGGCCUACAGGUCCAGAACCUCGACGGCCAAUGGAUCGACUGCCCGCCCAUCGACAAAACCCUCGUCGUGGCGAUCGGCCAGGGUCUUGAGGCGUUGACGGGAGGCGUCUGCGCGUCGACCACGCAUCGCGUGCUUUCUCCCCCCGCGGGCCAGGGCGCGCGGUUGUCGAUUCCGUUCUUCCAGGGCGUGCGCGGGGAUACGGACUUUAUUGACCUCGAGACGGUGGGCGUUGGGGAGGUGCCGGAGCAUGUGCGCGAGCAGAGAAGGAGGAUCAUUGCGGAGCAUGGGGGCAGGCUGGAUGAUGUGGAGUUUACGUUUAGGAAGGGUGGUGUUGCGAAGACGUUGGGGGAGGCGACGUUGAGGAAUCGGGUUAAGAGUCAUCCGGAUGUGGCGGAGAGGUGGUAUCCUGAUCUGUUGAGGGAUGUGAGGGAGGAGCAGGAGAGGAUUAAGAGGGGAAAGGAGCAGGCUAUUCCUGUUGCGCCGGCUACUGUGGUGGCCCACUGA